AUGGCCCCAGUCUCAUUGUCUGCGAAAUAUCUGCAUCUGUUGCUACUUCUCUUCCUCCACACCGCCGUUACCAUUUCCUCUACAUCCCCAAAUGAAAACGCAAACAACUCUCAAUCACUGUCAAGAGAACAAAACAUCUCAUACCCACCCACAACGUCUCUUCCACCUCAGCCAAAGUACAUUCCGAAAUGUCAAGAUCCAGCUUCAGACAAAUCAUGCCCCAUCGACAUACACUCGCAGAACGCAUCUUCAGAAACCACAUCAGCAACAACUGUACCUAAAGAACCGUGGCUAAAGGAACUCCCGUCGCUCCGCCCGACACAAACUUUUCUCUUGGGUCGGGUAGAUGAAAUUAAAACGGUACUGCCGGGCCCGACCUCUGGAUAUGGUGUUGGUGUGCAUGAUCUUAACAGAAAUGGCGGUAAUAGGUUUGUUAAUAAUGCUGGUGUUUAUGUGGCGGGUUUUAUUUUGAAUAGAGAUUCUGCGAUGAUGAACACGGGAAAGAAGAAGAGGGCGGGACGGCUAGAGUCCAGAGUUAUCAUGGAUGAAAACCAAUAUUAG